AUGGAGUCGCCGGAGGGUUUCAGGAUAGUGCGCGCCCGGGCGUCGGACCGCGACCGCGUGGAGCGUCUGGCGAGGAGCGCCUUCUACCCGGACGAGCCGCUCGACGUGGCGUUCGGCAACACCAGAGGACCCCCCACCGAGGAGAUUCUCUUCCUGUCGGCGCUCGGCGACGGCCACUCACUAAUCGCAGAGGAUGCCAGCACCGGGGAGGCCGUGGCCAUGUGCAUCAACAGCAUCGUGACGCCCGAAAUACACGAGAAGGAGGCGCAGCUGCAGGUGCGCGAUGAGAAGCUACGCGCGGUGCUGCGCGUGGUAGAUGCGGCGUUGAGAGAGGCGGACGUGUGGUCGCAUACGACUGCUCGGAGCGCGCUCGAGGUGCACAUCCUGGCCGUGGCGAGAUCUGCGCGCGGCCGCGGUCUGGCGGCGGCGAUGCUGGCGGAGUCGCUGCGGAUGGCCAAGGAGGAGCUGCGGCUGCCACUGGUGAUGAUCUUCUGCACCAGUGCCUUCUCCGCGAGGCUGGCGCGCCGCGCGGGCAUGCAAGUCGUCUACGAGCUGCCGUACAGCCAGAUCGACAUGCCUGUGCAGCCCCCACACCCACACGACAGACUCGCCAUUUACAUGCUGCACCUCCAGCAAUAA